AUGUCUGUCGUUCACUGGACCCCAGACGCGUUACAACUGCUAAUUUUGGUAGUGGGUCUUCAUUUCUCAUCGGGGAUCAUUCAGGAAACAAGCAUUCCUGUCAACAUGGUCGGAUGCUUCCAGAAGAUGUCUUCUCAGAAACUGAUCCCAUCUCAUUGCAUGGAGUACUGCUUAUUCCAGGAGGGUGUUAAUAUGAUUUCUUCCCUGCCAGGUGGCAGAAACAUCACAGAAGACAACCCUUGGUUUAAAGGAUUACAGCGGAAAAUGGAAACCCAGACCCGCCUGAAGAGUGGCGGUCAGCGAAAAUAUCAGAGGAAAGAGUACCGUUAUAUGACAAACGACGAAAGAAAUAAAUGGCAAAAGGCGGUUAAUAUGCUCAAAAAAGACAAGUCUGUUUACCCAAACAAAUAUGAUGCUCUCGCCUUGUUACAUGCAACUAAUGCUGCCCGAACUGCAUUUGGAGGUCCCUCAUUCCUUGCUUGGAACCGACAGUAUUACGCUCUAUUUGAACAAGCCUGUCAUGAAAAGAUGCCUGGUUUAGUCAUGCCUUACUGGGAUGUAAGCCUUGAUUCCCAUCUUGAGGAUAUUCGGGAGUCCCUCAUUUGGUCGUACGAUUUCUUGGGAUCAUCUGAAGGACCGGUGAAUGAAGGGCCCUUUUCUGACUGGUACACACCGUAUGGACCGCUACAUAGACAGAUCGGAAAUUACGGCAGUUUUCCGUCCAAGCAGACCAUCGAGAACAUUUUCAAGAAGCAACAUCUCGGUGACAUUCUCUAUCCGAAUGCAGAACCAGAAGAUAACUUGGAAUAUCUGAUGACAUCAGCACUCAACGCGAUUGGGGGACAAGCCGCCUCGUUUCACUCUGCCGCUGUAGACCCCGCCUAUUUUCUGAUAAGCGGUUAUUUUGAUUUUAUAUGGAACAUCUUUCAAGAGAAUCAAAUGAAGAAAGGCAUCCGCCCAGAUGAUGAUUAUCCGUCUUUCUAUGGUGACUUAAGAUACGCCCCCACUUCUCCUCUUCGAAUCGCACCUAUAACAAUUAAAGAAGCCCUCAACCCGAAGUAUGGUUAUCAGCGCUUUCAGUAUAAUCAGCCAUCCGAUUGCAGUAACGGUUGUACUUCCCCUCAUCUGAUGUGUGUGAAUGAGCGCUGUGUACCCAAGCACCGUUCCCCCGGUUGCUCAAACCCAUUGCCGGCACAAUCCUUUCAGAACACGUUUUGUGUGGAUGGUGAAUGUGAUAUCUCCCUGUGGUCGUAUAUUCCAAUUAGAAUUGUACACAAGCGAGCCCCGAAUUAUCCAUCUUACGACUCGUUCGCUGUUCAGAAAGGUCGAUUAGUUAGGACAAAAGACAUCUACGAUGCUCAGCGCUAUUCUGACAGUCGUCAAUAUUUCAAAAGUGAAACUGUCCCGACAAACAAGCCGUACAAUUGUCGUCGUAGCAGCUGCUGUGGCGGUGUGGGUGGAGUACAGGUAACAAGCACCGGCAUGAACUACCAUGGUACUUAUAAAGAUUACGCUCUGGUUGACGAGAGACUGGCCGUUGCCACCGGAGAGACCUACGUCGCUGUAAAGAAUCCAAAAUAUGGGUCUAGCCAAGCUGUUAUCCGGGCUUAUGAUUCAUGUGGACGCGUUUGUCGCCCAGCCUGUCGUAUUCCAGGUUCCGUACCAGCUGCAUAUGCUCCUUGCUCUGGAGUGAUUCAACUUAACUCCCAGCAGCCAUUUGGUUACAGUGACGAUUUGGGCCGCGCCUAUCUAAAUAUGUACAAUUUCCGAGUAAACCCUUUGCUCCCAUCGAGUACAGCCGAAUCAGCCGUUUAUUUAACUUUCUAUUGUAAUGUCGAUCUUCAGUGGCCAUUCGAAGCUGACAGCUUCAACACGAGGGCUUUGUUGUCUCCCGUUCUUCAAAAUCAGCAGAAGUUAAACAUUCAUUCAUACCCGUUUCCAGAUCCUGAAACACCAAGCACAGCUUGCAAAGUUUCUUUUAUGUGUAAUAUCCCCGUCGCUUGCGGUAGCUGUCGCCUGAACGGAGGGAGAUCCGCUGUCUGUAGCCAAAAGUGUGGAGAAUAUGCUGAAUGUGUUUAUGGACAAUUUCAACAUCGUUUAUGUCCUGGUGGUUACGGAUUCAACCCGAAAACCCUUCUGUGUGAUUCCAGUAUCAAAUGCCCAAGGGUUACACGCGCGAGUGCAAAUGCUAAGGCAGUAGCUGGAUCAGGGGGCUCUGCGCAAGCCAAGGCAUCAGCGUUGGCGAAAGGCAACGGAGUAGCUUCUUCGAAUGCAAAUGCGGCAGCUUCUGCACAAGGAUCGGCUUUUUCACACGCAUCGGCUUCUUCAAAUGCGGUAGCCGCUUCCCAUGCUGCAGCUUCUUCGCAUGUUGCAGCCGCUUCCCAUGCUUCAGCAUCUUCUAAUGCUGCAGCUUCAGCUCAAAGUAUGUCCGCUUCUCAGAGUGCAGCCAGUUCCCAUGCAGGUCAUGGGGUUGCACAAUCAAAUGCGGGCGCAGUUGCAGUCUCUGAAGGAGUGGCUUCUCACCCUCGCAGCAAGUCGUCUUCUUUCCGUAAGAUGUUAUUACGGCAGCGCUUAUCCCCACGAUAUCCUAACAGAGUGUAA